CAAUAAAGGGUUUUCAUGUUUCCUGCUUUAGGAAUGUAUAAAAUGCAGCAUGGGGUUUCAGAAAGACACUCUCCAGGCUGUGUUGAAGAAGCACUGAAAGAAGAUUAGAAUCUCUAAAUUGAAUUUCAGACAAACAAUGAACCAGGAAAAGCAUUCAGAAUAUUACUACCAAGGCGAUGAGAGCUCAUUUUCUGGCUCAAAAGCUCAGGAAGGACCCCAAAAUCAUUUCCUUGAGUCUGUUCGGCCUUUGAUUGAGUUGAUCGACUCUCUGAGGUUCAUUGGCCUUGAUGAGGACAUUGGUCUGCCAUCCAUUGCAGUUGUGGGAGAUCAGAGUUCUGGGAAGAGCUCUGUUUUGGAGGCUCUCUCUGGGGUGGCUCUGCCUCGAGGAAGUGGUAUUGUCACUCGCUGCCCUCUUGAGCUGAAACUGCAGAAGAUCAAAACUGGUCCAUGGUCAGGGACCAUUUCCUAUGAUGGUCACAAAGAAGCCUUCAGUGACCCAUUAAAGGUGGACUCUCUUGUUAGAGCAGCACAAGAUGAUCUUGCUGGAACUACAGUUGGGAUCUGUGAUGAGCUCAUCACUUUGGAGAUUUCAUCUCCUGAUGUGUGUGACCUCACUCUGAUCGAUCUGCCCGGUAUAACUCGUGUGCCUGUGAACGGCCAACCUGAUGAUAUUGGAGAUCAGAUCAAAUCCCUGAUCCUGAAAUACAUUGACAAAAGUGAAACCAUAAUUUUAGUUGUCGUGCCCUGCAAUGUCGACAUAGCAACAACUGAAGCACUAAGAAUGGCACAACAAGUUGACCCAGAAGGACUCAGAACUCUUGCAAUUCUCACCAAACCAGACCUCAUUGACAGAGGAGCUGAGAUCGAUGUUUUGAACAUUGUCCAGGGAAAAGUCAUUCCUCUGAGCAAGGGCUACAUCAUUGUGCGGUGUCGUGGUCAGAGCGACAUCAAUAACAGGGUCCCUUUUGAAAAAGCCAUGGAGGACGAACAGAACUUCUUCAGGAGCCACCAUUAUUUCAGCUCAUUGCUGGCUGAUGGAAAUGCAUCUACACAGUGUCUGGCCCUCAAGCUGACCAGAGAACUGGGUGAUCAUAUCAAGAAAUCAAUUCCAACCUUGACUGAGGAGAUUCAGAAUAAAGUCCUCAAUGUGCAACGAGAACUUAAAAACUACGAUCAGGGUCCACCUAUGAAUGAAGAGCUAAUGGGACCUUUUCUCAGUGAGAUUAUACUGAACUUCAGCGAUCAAAUAAAUGAACUGAGCAGAACAGGACAUUCACAAGACAAGAACUUGUACACACUCCUGCGUCCUGUGUUCAGAAAAUGGGACAACCAUCUGAGGAGCACCGAGGUCUUGUUCAAAGAAAGAGUGACGGAAAUGAUAGAGAAGUAUAAUGAGAUUCAUCGUGGCAGAGAAUUGCUGACAUUCAGUGAGUUCUGCGAAUAUGAAUGUGUCAUCCAAAACCACGUGGCAGCCCUUCAGGAGCCGGCUAUGGAAACGCUGAAUGAUGUGCGAGAGAUUGUUCAAAAUAAGUUCAGGGAGGCUUGUUAUUUGUCAUUUGACCAGUACCCUCCAAUGAGAUACAUUAUCUCUAACAUGAUUAAUGACAUUCAGUCAAAGCAAGAAGCCAAAGCGGAGAAGAGAAUCAAAGAGUUCAUUAAUAUGGAGCAGCUGGUUUUCACUCAGGACAAAGUGCUGCAAAAGAAACUGGAUGACUCUGACAUCCCUCCGAAGAUGGGGUUAAACACUAGCGACAGGAAUCAGUAUGAUGAAGACAUGGUUUUUAACUCUAAAGGCUGUGCAAUGUUGGAUACAAGAGAUCUAGUAACAGAGAAAAUGGUUCUCUAUUAUGAGAUCGUCUACCAGCGCCUCACGGACUAUGUGCCAAUGCUGAUAACCCUCUUCAUGCUAAAAGAUGCAGCUAAGACACUUCGCCAUCAGAUGCUAGAACUGAGGAACGGAGCAGAUGUGCCCAAACUGCUGAGUGAAGACUCGGAGCGGGAACGCAUAAGAGCUGACCUGAAGCAUCGUCUGGAACGUCUCACACAAGCUCAAGAACUGAUCAGCACCAGACUAUGAGACAGCUUUAUUAAAUAUCAGGCAAAUCAAUGCAUUUAGCAUCAGGUCACUCUAGACUACAGUGUUUUGAACCAUACUAUAGUAAAGUACUUAAUUAAAUCUGGUAAUUCUACAGUUGCUAUGGCUAGACAACAACUAUAGUAAUAUAAAUUACCCAAUACUCUAAUUUUCUACAAUUAUCAGGAAUAUUAUACUAUGAUAAUCCACAGUUUUCUAUAGUUAAUGCAGUUUGCUGUAUAACAAAUUGUUGUAACUAUAAUACUCUUUACUAUGGUAGCCUAUGGUUCAAUAACACUAUAGAAAUUACUACAGUAUGUUGACAUGACUAGCUGCAGCGUAUCAGGCAGCUUUUUAAUAUAGUAACGAUUUAGCAACAGUGAUAAAUUAAUAAUAUUUUGUGUUAGUUAACAUACUUACAAUAACUUGUAACUAGCGAUAUGGGUAGGGUUAGCAAGAGUCUUAGAGUCCUGGUCUCGUAGCAGAACCUUUGGCGUAUGAUUUUGGUAUUUAAACUGCCUCUUUGCACAAUAAUCUAGAUUAGUUUAGUUAAGUUUAUUUCAUAUAUUUGUACAGCAAUGAUUUACAACAUGACAUGCUUUGCCAGAUUUAGCUAGAAAGCUAAUUAGCAUCUGUAGACCCUGGGCAGGAUUUUGAUUGUUACAAAAUUAACCACAUUCCAUGACAAAAAGUAAUCAAAUAUCAGAUCCUAGUUAAUAAAAUUAAAAGCAAAUAAUUGAUUACAUAUUUGAUUUUCCUUAAGCUAAACUUUAAAGGUAAUUUUUUAUAUAGCUGAUAUUUUCAGGUUAGGCCUGGGCCGGUAUAAGAUUCUGAUGGUAAGAUAAUCUUGGAUGAAAAUAUCAAGGUUUAGCAGUAUUGUGAUUACUACUCUAAAAUAUAUUAUUUUAAAAUGUCUGGGUAAAAAAAAACAUUUUUUGACCUUUGAAAACAAUAUAUUUUAUUUUUUGAAAGAUUUAUUAUAUUUUGGAGCAGUAAACAUGUCAGGCUAAAUAAUUCAAAAGAGUCAUUGACUUCUAAUGUCUUCAUUAAUUUCAAAAACACAGAUUUCUUUACCAUUUAAAACGGCAUCUUUGGAUAUUUUUCUGAUGGUUGUCCUUAAAAAAAAAAAAAAAAAAAGUAAAUUAAAUUAAAAAAAUCAUACACAUGAAUGGUAUUACAGAUCAUAUUGGUGGUUUUAAAACCUUGACGUUUUCCAAAUCGUGGUAUACCUUGAAAAUGAUUAUCGUCCCAUGCCUAAUUCAAGGCAUCCUUCUGCAGCUAUAAUUGAAUCACUACAUUGAUUCAAAAUCAAUCAAAAAAGUGCUCAGGGGUAGCUUAAUGAACGAGUCGGUGCUCUUUGGGUAAGGGAUUCAUCAGAAUAAACAGCAAAAGUAACUCCAAGGCGCUCGAAAAAUGUGGAAAAAUAUAUUUAAAAGCCUUUAUUGACAUGGCUAUUCCUUAAAACUGUAAUAAAAGCUUUUGAAUAUAUAUAUUUUCCACAAAUUUCGAGUGCCUUGGGCUUACUUUUGCUGUUUAUUCUGAAUAAAUUGAUUGUUGAAAAAUAGUUUUUGUAAAUUUAGUUAAACAGUUACCCAUCAACUGAUAUCUAAAUUGUCUAUUCUAUUUAGUAUAAAUUGUCCUUUAAAGAUCGCAAAGUAAUUUCUACAACAAACACAAAUGAUCAAAAAUGUAAACGUUAUCAAGUGUCAAUAAUUUAUCAUCUUGAAUACUAUUACUAUCUCCCAUGGCUUUUUAAAUACAUGUUCACAGCUUGUUUAUACCUAAUAUAUAUAUUGAUAUUAGUAUAUUUAUGUUUAUAUAAGACUAACUUGUAGCACAAUAAGAUGAGAGAAAAUAAUUGUAUUUAUAAAAAGUUAAGCAGCAGCUAAAUUAGUAAUUUAUAUUUAUAUUAGUCCUCAGGCUUGAUUUAACACUGAUUUUUAAAAUGUUUUUUAAAAUUAUUUAUUUAACAGAUCUUUAGAGAUGUCAAAUACUCAACAAUAUUUAUAACUUAUCUUUUAACUAAAUAUAUGGCCAAUGCUCAACUUUCUUGAUCAAACAAACAAACAAACAAACAAACAAACAAAAAAGCA